AUGGUUUUGACUGCACAUUUUGUUAAUAGGAAUUGGGAAUUAGAGAAAAAAGUUGUAUCCUUCACUCAUUGUCCACCACCUCAUAGCAGUUUUAAUUUGGCUGAGAAGUUGAUAAAUUUGCUAAAGGAGUGGGGUAUUGAGAAAAAAAUAUUCACGAUUACUUUAGACAACACAUCUAAAAAUGAUGUUAUAGUGAAUAUAUUGAAGAAAUAUUUAUUAUCAGGAUUAGGAUUGAUAGCUGAAGGUACUUAUUUUCAUGUUAGAUAUGGAGCACACAUCUUAAACUUAAUUGUUCAUGAUGGUUUAAAGGUGAUAGAUGGAUCUUUGGAUAAAAUUAGGUUGUGUGUGAAAUAUGUAAGAGGCUCAGAAGCUCGAAAGAUAAAGUUUGCAUUUUGUUUAGAGCAACUUUCAAAUGUGACUUCUAAGCAAGUUCGUCAAGACUUACCUACUAGGUGGAAUUCCACUUAUCUAAUGCUUGAGACUGCUAUGGGUCAACGAGAAGCCUUUACCCUCCUAAGCGAUAUUGAUCCCUAUUUUGAUUGUUGCUUAUCAAACGAGGAGUGGGAUGAGGUAAAAACCAUUGCUGAUUUUUUGAAGCCAUUUUAUGACAUCACUGUGUUUUUUUCAGGUAGCACUUAUCCAACCGCCAACCUCUAUUUUAGUGGUGUGUGGCGAAUUCAUAUGAAAAUCAAGGAAGUUGCAUGUGUUGAUCAUAGUGAGUUUGAGAAACGAAAUCAAUUAUAUUGCAUGGCUAGAAGAAUGAAGAAAAAAUUUAAUAAAUAUUGGAAUUCUUAUAGUGUUGUGCUAUCAUUUGCUGUCAUCUUAGAUCCUAGAUAUAAAUUGCAGUUUGUUGAGUGGUGUUAUGUGAGGUUGUUAGGUGGUGAGGGAGUACAAGUUGCAAAGUUGAUUUUUGAUAAGUUGAAAGCUUUUUUUCAAGAAUAUCUCAAGUCCUUAAAUGAAGCAAGCACUUCAUCUUCACAAAGGUCAAUUAGAGGUUUCUUUUGA